AGUCUGAAGUCUGAACGUUGAGCAUCGCUCUUUGAACAAUGUUCUGAAACCAAAAUACUGUGUUCGCUUUUUUAUUAACUUUACUGUAGUGUAGUUAAGUUUUGAUAACAGUAUUUAAAGAAACGUGUUGUGUCUUGUUUCGAUAGUGGGUGUUUGUAGAGCGAUGGUGUUUAUGUUAAGGUGAAAGUGAUAUCGCAGUGCAGUGAGGACGAAGGUACAAGGAUGGGCGUGGGUCUGCAGCCGCUGGAGUUCACCGAGUGCCUUCAGGAUAGCCCGCACUUCCGCGAAAACCUGCAAAGGCACGAGAAGGAGCUCGAGCGCACCAGCCAGCAGAUCAAACGACUCAUCAAGGAGGUCAAGGAUGUCGUCCAAGCGGCCAAACGGCUGGGCGCGGCGCAGCUGGCGCUGGCAAGCAGCAUGGAGCAGUUCGAGUUCGCGUGCAUCGGCGCGUCCAUGACGGAGGACGAGCGCGUCAUCAGCCACUCGCUGCAGCACUUCGCGCACCUCAUCCGCACCAUCGAGGACGAGCGCGACCGCAUGGUGAGUCGCCCUGCCGCCGCACACAGCCACGCUUUGUGUACAAGUCGGCGCGUCUCAGCUGUGAGACUGACUUGUGACUUGCCACUUGGUAGCGAAUUGGGGACACGAUCGAACAAAUUAGAGAGUUAUUAG